AGGAGAACUAUACAAUGUUGAACCGUAGCUCUGGCUUCGUCAGUGCCGUGAUUCGAGGAGCGGCAGACGGAUCUCUCGCCAACCGGUGGUUUAUAUUUCUACACGGCAUAAAAAUUGCGCUUCUUUUAAAUGGGCAUCUGAGGAAAUUAGAGAAGCAAGCAUCAUCUCUCAUCUCCUUGAUUACUUUGCGUAAUGACGUUGUGUUGGCGUGUUCUAGUGCGCAGUGGGGGCGUGUAGGGGUGUGUUUGUUUCUUUUCGUCUUAAGCGCAGCCAACAUCUCUUGAACAAUUCAAGUGCAGAGCAGCUGUAAUCUCUCUCUACGUCAAGGAGAUAAUUAGGAAACUUAGACAGAAAGAGACUGGCCGUCUUUUCGUUAUCGCAGUCUCGGAGGAGGGCGGCUCUUUGCGCAGCCGCAUCGACUCUCCUCACGGUUUGCGUGUCUUGUCUCGUCGGCCAAAUUUACCCUCCAUCGCCCCUACUAUACUGACUCUGUUCCUUCUGCCGUUCAAUACGACGGGUGUUGUGUGUGUGUGCGCUUCUCGUCGCAACAGUUCCACUUCCGAAAGGCGACCAGCAGCCAAACCCAUCGAAGCGUUUAUUUUUUUUGUUGUCUCCAUCGAUUUCUUCAUCUCGGAAACUUCACAACCCGGAAGGGCAACCGUCACACUCGUCAAGAAAAAACAUCCGUCGGAAAUGUCCGAAAAUCGGUCUGCAUUGAUUGCGUCUUUGCUGUUAUUCGGCUGCGUCAUAUCGUCCGCCCUACCAGCAGCUCCAGGAGGAACAGAGGAAUGCUGGACAAGUCCGCUCUAUCCGCCCGCCGAGAGUCCCAGGGUAUUCCUAACACUAUCGCCGCUGGCCAAGAGUUUGCCCGGUGGUAACAGCCAGCAGAGGCAAAUCGAACUCAACUGGCACGGCAAUGGAGCGGCCUCUCAACCCGGCGACUGGAUUGGUCUCUAUGAGCACGACCCUACAAACAACCCGACGCUUCCGCUCCGCCAGAUCGCUGUGGCAACAGGAAAGAACAGCGGCUACCACAAAACCGACGUUCAGUUCGGAUUCCCCGCCGUCGACCGACAUCUUUUCACUGGAGAUUCGUCCUGCCUCGGCUUCUGGAUCGGCUACGUCCGCAACGGAGUUACCGUCAGCAGUAAUUGCAUCAAACUUCGUCCUUCGUGGAUGUGGCAAAAUAGGGAAAAACUCGGUUCUGUGCCUCUUUACCAACUAUUCCUUCCGGGUACACACAAUUCCGGAAGCUAUCGUCCGUACAACGGCCAUUCAAGCGAUACAGUUUUCAUGCGAUAUCUAAUCUGCCAAGAUGAAGACAUUUUCCACUCGCUAUCCUACGGAAUCCGAUAUCUCGAUGUUCGUGUCGGCUAUUACCCAGAAAGGGAUGACAAAUUUUGGUUGAAUCACAACUACGCCCGAGUCAAUCCUCUCCGUUUCCUAAUUGAAGAUUUGAAAAAUUUCUUGGAAGUGACACGCGAAAUCGUCAUUCUCGAUUUCCACCGUUUCCCAGUGGGCUUCAGUCAAAACACACUGCGCAACAGAGAAACUCACGACCGAUUGGUUAAAUUGUUGUCGGAUAAGCUGGGCGAUUACAUGGUGCCGUCCAGCUUCGGCCCCAUGACGACGAUGAAUGAUCUGUGGGCAAUCAAUCGAACUCUUAUCAUUGUCUAUGCGGAUGAUUGGACCCGCUCAUCUCAUCCUUUCCUUUGGCCAUCCAUUCCUCAGGAAUGGGGUGACAAAAGAAACGUCGACGAUCUCUACAGAUAUUUGUCGGUUAUUGAUCACAAGCGAUUCGAUUCCGAUUACUUUUGGGCUGCCAUGGCAGAAUUGACUCCAUCAACAAUGGACGUUUUGUUUCGUCCUAAUGACGGGCUCAGAAAAUUGGCGGAUAAUGUGGCCAGGAACGUGACGACUUGGUAUCGUGAUCUCUGGUGGAAGACGACCAGUAUCGCCGCUGUCGACUUUUUCCAUUCUACCGAUAUCAUCGACGUGGCUAUCGACGCCAGUCUCAAACGUGCUCGUUGCUCCAGCGUAGUUCCCACUACCCUUUCGAGUGCCACGACAAUCCAGCAAACGGCAGCGGAAGAACGGUCGACAGCAACCGAUAGACGGAGAUUUUAUCUAGGGCCUCGUAACCUCGACUUUGCUGAAUCGACUUCGGAAACGACCCCUAUAAGUCUAGACACGACCAGUCCCUCACCGAGAAUAACUGCACGCAGACGAAGGCCCAAGAAUAACACGACAGCAAUCGUAGCGCCAAAUUUACCGGUUAUUACCACUACGAAUUUAAACUGAACAUGCAAUUAUUUUAAUCUAUACCCCGGUGAUGAUGACUAUAUCGAACCCAGUUUUAAGCAAACCCACUACACGACACGUUUGAUUGUAUUUAUUAGUGUUAUUGCUUGUAUUGUUUGUCAUGAUUUAGCUAAUAUUAAUAACCGAUUCAGGCUAUUUUCUGUUCGUGUUGUUUCCGUACCUACAAUUUUUAACACGCAAAAACUCGAAUAAAUCCACCAAAUAAAAUUUA